AUGUUUUCUUUUUUAUUAAUUAUUUUUAUUCAAAUAAUUAUUUGUUAUUCGAAUUGUGUUUAUAAUAUUGAAAAUGGAUUAAAAUUAGAUAUUCGAACAUUAGGUUAUACAAAUGGAAAAAUACCAAAAUAUGAUCAAAUAUCUAAUAUAAAUCCAACAAGAAAAACAUUUAGUUGGAAUGGAUGUUUUUCAUAUUCAAAAUUUGAUAAUGGUAAUUGUACAAAUGCUGCAGCAUGUUAUACUGAUUCAAUAUCAAAUAUAUCAAUAAUUAUUGCUAAACAAGAUUCUGUUCAAUUUAAAUAUAAUUAUGGUUCAUCAAUACUUUCAUAUCAAUAUUCAAAUAUACAUUUAACUGUAUUUUUAAUAUGUCGUGUUGAUGGUGAAGAUACAACAAUUGCUUAUCAAGAUGAUUCAACAACAUAUAGUAUUUAUAUACAAUCUCAAUGUUGUUGUCCAGGCGUUAUUAUCUUCUGGAUAUUAUUCAUAAUAAUUUAUCUAAUAAAUCGUCUUAUUAUUCGAUUUAUAAAAAAUAUAAAAUAUUUUCAUCAUAAUUUAUCAUUUAUAUCAAAUGAUAAAGUUUGUAAUCAAAUAUUUUUUAUAUCAUCAAAUCAAUAUGGAUCUAUAAAACCACCAAUACAAACAUUUAAUUAUUCUAAUAAUUUAUUUUCAAAUAAUAAAAAAAUAAAUUUAACUAUAAAUCCUUAUUCAAAUAUAAUUGAUAAUUCUUUUCAAUUUCAACAAUCAAAAUCACAUCUAUUAAAAUAUUAUUUAAAAACUUAUAAUCCAUUACAGAUUAAUUUAAUUGAUAAUCAUGAACAAAUUAUUAUAAGAAAAAAAAAUAUCAAGGAUAUUUCUUAUGAUGAAAUAUCAAAUUUAACAAAUAGACAAAUAAUAGAUAAUUGUUUUUCAAUCAAUUGUACAAAUAAACAAAAGAUACAUGAUAGUAAACGAUAUAUACGUCUUAAAGAACAAGAAAAUUGUUCUGCUACAAUAAGUAUUAUUGAUGAACGUUCAUUACAAUAUAAUACAAAAUUAACAAAUACUAUAUUACCAGUUGUAAUGAUUACGGAUUGUUCGAAUAGUCAACGAUUACACACAGACAUUAUUGAAAUGAAUGAAAAUGAAUAA